AUGAAACAUCGAGAGGAAUCAACAGGAACCUCCAAGAGUGAUUGCAAGGUCGCUGGGAAUAGGCAGAAGAAAAGCAGAAAAUACAUGCUCAAGAGCGACUCGACAUCUGAUGAGGAGAAACAUCACGAGCCUUUAGGCAGAAUGGAGGAGGUCUGGAAUAGGCAUAGGAAAGAAGGGCGGAGGACGAAGAUGAAUGAACAAAGCCAGCUGAGAGAAUAUGUAUCACAAGAAAGAAAAGAGUGUAUCCACAAAACGCGACUCUUUCACACUGUCGCAGGGACAGAAGAAUCACGAGGAAGUAUGGACGGCCUGUCGCUUACCUUGGAAAAUGCGUCAGAGAGAAUCCGCAACCACGUGAAAAAGAACGAUCUGUUAAUCAUACCGUUGGAUGUGAAAGUGUCGAUUUGCACAAACCACUUGACACCGGACGGUUGCGACGAGGAAAACCUGUGUCAAUCCUUGCACAUUUGCCCAAAAUCCCUCUACGACCUUUGCGAGGACAGCAGUUGCGAAGAUGGGCAUGAUGUUCACACUCCCCAUAACACACGCCUUUUCAGACAAUUAAAAUUGGAAAAUGUCGAUUCCCAUGUGCUGAGACUGCUCCUCGAACCAGACACGGUGGCCCCUGAUGUGUGUGAGGAAUAUUGUCUCGGAAGUAUAUGUGCCUCCAAAGAACGAUGCGUAAAGUUGCACCUGUGCGCGGGUUACGUCAUGGGAACUUGUGAGGAUUGCAAUUUGAAUCAUGAUAUUCUCUAUCCGCAGUGUGAGACAUUGCUCAAGCAAGCCAAUGUCCAACUACCCCGAUCGAAGAAGGAAUUGAAGAUCUAUCUCAGAAAGAAAUGCACGAACGUAGCAAAAAUUGCUAGAAAGAAGACAGAAGCAGAAGUGAUAUUACAGGAAACCACUGAUACGUUAAAGGCGUGGCAAAUGGAACACAUACUUUCUGACCAUUAUCACCAAAACAAGGAAAAUCGUGACACGAGCAAAAAUUCCCAAAGAGCUUCUCUUCAGUCUACAGAGUCCUUGAAACAGAAAGGGAAUUGGAUUGCACCAAGACGUUCUACUAUAAAUUUUCCAACUUUCGAAGAAUCCAAACCUGCGAGCCUCCUGCCGAGACAAGAAAAUCCGGAGAAGAAGGGCAUUCUAAAAUCGUCCAUCCAUUGCACUCAGAAUAAAGUGGAAUUCAAAAUUGGGACUUCCUGGACCUGCGACAUGGCCGAAAUCACAAUGGUGGGCUUCGAAUGUGACUUAGAAAAGAUGCGCAUAGCUAUUCUCCUGGGACAGGCCUCAUCCCAGGCAACACCAUUAAGGGAAGAGGACGGUGCCAAUGAUAGACACGGCGGCGCCUUAACAGAGAGAAAAACUGCCACGCACAACUCCGUAGAAAUAUAUUAUUCUCAAAUGAUUCUCGAAACCCAGAUGGAUAUCCUUAAUGAUGGGGAGGAAGGAGAGGAUACGGUGGAGGAAGGAGACGAUGAGGAAGAGGAAGGGGAAGAUGAGGAAGAGGAAGGGGAAGAUGAGGAGAAGGAAGGUGAUGAAGAAGGUGAAGAAGAGGAAGAGGAAGACGAAGGAGGACGUAGCCAGAAAAAAUCCAUGCCCUUAGAAAACUCCAAGACUUAUUACCAAUAUGGCUCUGGGAUCAGGGUCAGCAAUGACAAGAAAGUCCUUUCCGAAGUUAUGAAAGAAAAGUCGAACAUGUUUCAAAUCGGGAUGGAUGGCAUACCAGAUAUCUACGUCUUGCCAAAAUCACCUAUAAUAAAAAAUGAUGACAUGGGAAUAGCAAAAUAUGACAUUGGACCUGCUCAUUCACAGAUUGAAUCUGAUGAGAAGGUGAUUCUGGUCGUUGGACAAACAGGAGCAGGGAAGACAACAAUGAUCAACGGGCUGGCGAACUAUAUUUAUGGGGUCCAGUGGGAGGAUGGAUUUCGAUUUAAGGUCAUCACAGAAAACGGAGACACGAAUGAAAAGGAUAAGCACCGUAGCCAGACGAAGGGAGUAUCCGCCUAUUCUUUCAACUGGCAGGAGGGAAUGAUGAUACCAUACACUCUCACCAUCAUUGACACACCCGGAUUUGGAGAUACUGAAGGGAUCCGUAAUGACGAGGGAAAUGUUGUAAAGCUGCGGGAGUUUUUUGAGGUGUGUGCUCCGCAUGGUCUGGACUCCAUACAUGCAGUCGGAUAUGUGUUGCCAGCCUCCACAACUAGACUCACGGCCGCACAGAAGUACAUAUUUUAUGCUGUUACGCAAUUAUUUGGGAUCGACACCAAAGAGAAGUUCGUGCUCCUCCUGAGUUUUUCUGAUGGACAGGACGUGUCGCCAGCCAUCAAUACUGUGAAGAGCUCGAAGCUCUUCUAUCGAGAGAGAUACAACUUCAAUAACUCUGCUCUCUACGCAUGCAAUGAGGACUGCAUGCAAAAAAUGUUCUGGGUCAUGGGACAAAAGAACAACAAGAUGUUCCUGGAGUCGUUGGGCAAUGAGGCAUCCAUCAGCUUGGAUCUGACGAAAGAGGUGCUCGUCGAAAGAGGAGCCCUGGCGAAGGCCUUGAAAAACUUGCAAGAGGAUAUCCAAGGAGUGUCUUCUAAAAUUUGCGAUCUUCAAGAGCAAUGCAGGGAGCUCAAGAAGAAGGAAUUGGAAGUCUCGCAGACCAUGGACGUAGUGGAGGAUUGGUUUAAAAUUCACUUGGAAAAGGAAAAGGCCAUCAACUGCUCCAACUGCAAACAGACCACCUGCGAGUAUCCAGCCACGAUAUCAAAGUCCAAGGACAUCAAGGAGAGCAAAUGCAUUAGACCCGGCACUAAAUUCAAAUGCAAAAAGUGCCGAUGCUCAUGGAAGACUCAUCGACUGGAAGCUAAGAGAUACGAAGUGAGAACAAUCUCCAAGUGCAAGGGUGUCGAAGGUGUCGUGAAGGUCGCCGAGAAGAGACAGCUCGAGAGUCAACUGAGACUGCUAGCCAUGAGCAUUCGGAGGAGCCAGGUGGAGCUGGUAUGUCGGAUUCAAGAAGCUCACGCGACCAAGAUUCGACUCAAAGAAAUCUCUCUUAAUCCGGACCCCCUUCCUUUGGAGGAGUACAUCGAAUUCCUCAUUCAGGCAGAGAAGAAGAACAGUCAGGCUGGGUUUCUGAGGCGGAUUGAGCAACUUGAGCAGGUAAAGCAAGUACGCAAAGUUUGGAAGGAGAUACUAGAUGAGAAGGUCUCAGGUACGUAUUCCGUGUUCCCCGACGUCAUGUCUGUGUUGAAGAGAGAAGGAAUCGAUUUUCAGAGUUUGGAAAGCGAAUUGCUCCAUGGAGAUUGGGAUGACGAAACACCGAGAGGUAUGAUAGAGACAUUCAAAACAUUGUUCAAAAGGUUGGGGAAGAAUUCCAAGAAGAAAUGA